CAUGCCAGGCCGUUCCAGAGCCUGUUCUGUCAGCUCCACAGAGUCUCCGCUGCCCAGCGCCACAAAGACAAAUGACAAGACCAGGUCAGACCGCAUGUAAAAUUAAACACGUGACAGCAGAGUUUACAAGACCAGAAGAGGAAACAGAAGUUAUUCUUCUCCUUACAGACAUGGCCGGUGGUUGCCUUCGACGCUUUGGCUGCUUCUUGGCAUACAGUGCUUUGCUGCUGCUUGGGGUUUCCCUCCAUGAUGUGGAGGCUUCCAGUUGUGAUCGUACCAUCCAUAAAAAAGUUGGAGACACUGUAGAGCUUCCGUCAUGCUUACCAAGUAAAGGGGUCAACUCAACAUCUUGGAAAUAUAACAAUACAAAAGUUGCAGACAAGGAUGCAGAUGUAACUCAUCCUCAGUUCAUGGGCAGAAUAGACCUAAACCGUACAGAUUUCAGUUUAACAGUGAGAAGACUGACUCUUCAAGAUUCUGGUGUUUUCAUUUUAACCUCAGCGGUGAAUGACAAGCAAAGGCCCACAGUCUUCAUCACUCUGCAAGUUCAUAAGCCCAUAAUGAAGCAGCCUAUCCUGACUGUAACUUCCACCUGGCAUGCUUUGAAUGAAUCCUGUACAGUUGUGCUGGAGUGCAGUGCAACCUCUGACAGAAAGGUCUCCUACAACUGGACCGUGAUGAACCAAACCAGUAGCGGCUCCAGGCUGCAGUACAAUAUCCAGCCAGAGGAUGGAAACAUCAAAUUCACCUGCACGAUUUUCAAUUCUGUCAGUGAGAAAUCUGCAUCUGAAACAGUGAAGUGUAUCAACAAUGCUUCCACCGAUGGAAAAAAAACAGUGUUCAGCUCUUGGUCUCUUGUCCGGUUGAUCGUUGGGCUAGUUAUUGGAAUUUCAUUGACUGUUUUACUACUGUUCUUGCUGCGUGGCUACACAAAGUCAAAGGAUCUAUGUGGUAACAGGCUCACCCAGUCUGAAACAGUCAACCAGGAGGAAACUCAACAGCAAGUGUAUUCAUCUCUUCUCCAUGGUGAUGGUUCUGUCUAUGAAUCAUUGAGAGGCUCUGAAGACGCUGGAAAUAGUACAGUAAAAAUUUUGAUCAAUGUGGAUUAACGUCCAUAAAGAGAAGUCUAUUAUCAACAAAAAAAGAGAAGCAUGGAUGACAGCACGAAAAACAAUAUUUAAAUUUAGGCAAUUUUUGCAGCACUUAAAUGACUUUGCAGUCAAAAAUAGUUAGAGGUUUAGUUUUCUGUUGAUUGACUA